AUGGGCCGACUGAGCUCAGACGUGGGGAUCUCCAACCCAUCAUCAAGCAACCACCCCGAUGCCCCCGUUUCCGACUCACCACAAACCAAAAACAGCGACAUUGAGCAUGGAGCCAGCCAGCUACACCACGGAAUCGACACCCGCGCUAUCCACGUCGGAUCCGACUACAUAUACGAAAAGAAAGUCUCGAUCAUGAACCAAGCCCUCAUACACAUCGGCAUGGGCCCGUUCCAGUGGAAAGUGUUCGCCAUGACGGGCUUCGGCUGGUUCGUCGACAACUUCUGGAUGCAGGCCAUCACAAUCAUCAGCGCCCCGGUCCGCAACGAGUUCGCCGUUAAACGCAUCGCCUUCCUCACAGUAGCUAAGUACGUCGGGUUGGUCAUCGGCUCGACAGCCUGGCCCAUGACGGCGGACUACAUCGGACGCAAGCUCGCCUUCAACGUCACCCUCCUCAUCUCCGCCGUCUCGGGUCUGGUCGGCGCAGGCGCACCGAACUUUGUUGCAAUCGCCACCUUUUGCGCAUUCAUUGGCUUAGGCACCGGCGGUAAUCAGCCUGUCGACAGCGCCAUCUUCCUCGAGUUCAUCCCCGCUACACACCAGUACCUCUUGACGAUGCAGUCGGCGUUCUGGUCUUUUGGCCAGGCUAUCGCGGCCCUAAUAGCCUGGCCUCUUAUUGCUAACUUCUCCUGUCCUUCUGGUCUGCCGGCAGGGGAGUGUCGGUACGAGGAUAACCUCGGAUGGCGCUACACAUACUGGGCCUUUGGCGGUCUAACACUCGUCAUGUUCCUGCUCCGACUGCUUUUCAGAGUGUACGAGACGCCCAAGUACCUUCUUGGAAGGGGGUUGGAUCGGGAGGCCGUCGAGGUUGUCCAAAAGAUUGCCGCGAGGAACGGCGGCUCGACUUGGCUUACCCUCGAGCACUUUGAAGCUAUCGAUGCCGAGUUAGGUGUCAUUCGUGACGCGACUGUCAUAAGGGCACCGCGGGUGGAUACUAGCAACGUCCUGCGCCGACAGCUCGAGAGCUUCAAGCCCGAAAAGAUUCUCACGCUGUUUUCCACCCCACGGUUUGCGCUCUCGACGGCGCUGGUGCUGUUUCUCUGGUGCUCGAUCGGAAUGGCCUUUCCUCUGUACAACUCCUUCAUCCCAAUAUUCCUAGAGAAUAAGGGCGCGAGCCAGGGAGGCUCGUCGCUUUCAACGACGUACCGAAACUAUGCCAUACAAGCAGUGUGUGGGAUCCCGGCGUCCAUCCUCGGUGGGUUCACUGUCGACAUGAAGCGCAUCGGCCGAAAAGGCACAGGAACCUUUGCCUGCAUCGGUACUGGCGUCUUCUUGUUUCUCUUCACCAGAGCGACAACGCCCGCCGGCGUCACGGGGUUCACCUGCGCCAUCGCAUUCUUCCAGAACCUAGUCUAUGGGUUGCUGUACUCAUAUACCCCCGAGCUCUUUCCGGCGCCUGUUCGAGGCUCGGCGAAUGGUCUGGUAGCUUUGUUCAAUCGCAUGAGUGGGCUCAUGGCGCCAAUCAUCGCAGCCUAUGUCGGUAUAGAUACUGAUUUACCUGUGUGA